AUGAUGCGCGUGGUUGUGUAUUUCCUUGCACUUGGCAAGACGGUCAUAGAGUCAGCAAAGGCUUGCACGGUCGAAAAACUGGUAUUCCAGCAGGUUACUGCGACAACCUGCUCAGGGGUCACUCUAGAUAUCCGUCUUCUCUUUGUCUACUACAAAAGGUUCAGCCAAAAGUAUCUGGUAGACACAGGGGUCGAAGUCAGCCUUAUACCUCCUUCACAGAACGGCAGGAGAUAG